CUCGAGGAGGGGCGCGGCCACGAGCUGUGAUGUGCCGCUUUUCUCCUUGUCAUGUGUUGCGCUCACAGUGCUUACAUGAAACACAAGACACGAAUGCAAACCAGUGUAAAGAAGAGUGCCGAAAAACAUUAAAAAGCUCCGAAGUGAGGAUGGCCGUUUUGGCAAAUCACAAACUUUGGGAAUCAGUGGAUUAUUGCAGAAGAUUGAUACUUUUACCACUGGAGAAGCAAGACAGUAUGGCAGACAGACUCAUGACAUCCUAACUACCGUUUACAUACUUUCUCUUCAAAGUGUGCAGCGAUGGAUUCGCUUUACAUCGCUAUUGAAUUGGUGAUCGCUGUCGUGUCAAUCGUCGGCAAUGUGCUGGUGUGUUGGGCUGUGGCCAUCAACUCCACUCUCAAAAACGCCACCAAUUAUUUUUUGGUAUCGCUGGCCGUGGCAGAUAUUUUGGUUGGUUGUCUUGCCAUCCCUUUUGCCAUCACUAUAAGCAUUGGUCUGGAGUCAGACUUUUAUGGAUGCCUUUUCUUGGCUUGUUUUGUUCUGGUACUGACUCAGAGUUCAAUAUUUAGUCUCCUGGCGGUUGCCAUCGACAGAUAUCUGGCGGUAAAAAUUCCUCUGAGGUAUAAGGAGCUUGUCACAGGGAAGAGAGCAAGAGAGAUCAUCACAAUUUUAUGGAUCUUAUCCUUUAUCAUUGGACUCAUCCCAUUUGUGGGCUGGAACAAAAGAUAUAUAUCCUGUUCCAGAAACGAAAGCAACUCUUUAGAGUCUACCAACACUAGCAAUGCCGCCGAGAUGGAAACAGGCUUCUUGAGAAGCUGUUGCCUCGAGUGCUUGUUCGAGAAUGUGGUGGACAUGAGCUACAUGGUGUACUUCAACUUCUUUGGUUGUGUGCUACCACCUCUCCUCAUCAUGCUGGGCAUUUACGUGAAGAUCUUCACCGUGGCACGCAAACAGCUGCGUCAUAUCGAGCUCAAAUGCAGCGUGAGCAAUGGCGAGAAUCACCACCAUGGCUUGCUGCAACGGGAGAUUCGUGCUGCUAAAUCACUAUCCAUCAUUGUGGGCUUAUUUGCUCUUUGCUGGCUGCCCGUACACAUCUUGAACUGCCUCACUCUCUUCUACAGCCAUCUCAAGAAGCCCAGCUUUAUCAUGAACAUUGCCAUCAUCCUCUCGCAUGCCAACUCCGCCGUCAAUCCCAUCAUCUAUGCCUAUCGUAUUCAGGAGUUCAGAGUCACUUUCAGGAAGAUUUUGAACCGACAUUUCCUUUGCCAACGGGAUGAGAUGUAUCUUAGGUCCAAUGGAAGUAGCAGACACAAAGACCAGAUUACAAUGACCAUUGACCCUCUAAUAUAGUUAUAGUUCUUUGUCAAAAUAUAUGGAGAGAAAUGUUUACAGACCAAAGAACUGCAAACAAUCUAACGAUGUAUGUUCAACAUGUCAAAGGUUGUGGCCCACUAUUAAUCAAAAGACAUGUCUGAACAUCUUCAUGAUUUGUUAACGUUAAACUGUGAAGAAAAGUCUGUGGAAAAUUGAUGGAGUAUAUUUCAACUUUCAAACCUGAACAAGCACUAGCAAACUUGAGCAGGAGCCAUAUUCAGAGCCUUGGUACAGGAAUGCAAGCGAAGAUUGAUUCGUGUCCCACUGUAACUGCUAAACUCUAACAUGCAUGAAGAUCCUGUAGAAAAAUUUAAUAAUAGGAAAUACCUGCUUUAGUGUGCAGCUUUGCCAAUUAAAUGAUAACAGAAUAGCCCAGAAGAACAAUCUUAUUUGAAAUGGCUGAUAUAGAGGGGCACUCAAAGAAACAGCAUUUAGCAUGACCACUGUUAUAAUAAGUGUUAUUUUUAGUUCCAUGCUUUAAUUUAUUAGGACCAUAUGAUGUUUUUGUAUGAUUAAGAUGAUGCUCAGGAAUUCACGUGAGGUAAAGACAUAUUUAAGAACAUUGGUUAUCCAUUCACAGCACAGUUAAGCCAUUUGUUUUAGUCUUGACUGUUUCACAAUGAUCCAGAAACCAAUUAUUUCAGGAAAUAACAGGGACACUGCUAUCAAAUACACAUACCACGUAUGUUGGCCCCAAGAAGUAUUUAGUAUUUAGGCACUUUAACUGCAUCUAAAAUGUAUGAAUUUCUGCAAAAACAACUAGAUCUUUUUCAGCCUGAUCUCUUGAUCUCAUGACUGGCAAAGAUUCUGCAAAUUACAUUAUGUGCUUCUUUAAAAGUAUACUUUUCAUUUUUGUAAUUACUUGAACCAACUGUUCAAGUCAUUUGUAGUCAAUGUAUGAAGUAAUUUCCCCUUAAUUUAACACUGGUUAGACAACCAAAAUGUCUCCAAUUACUUUUUUUCUUAGUUUUGAGCAGGAUAUCUAUAUAUUGUUGAAUAAUUUAAAAUCUAACAAACUUCUGUUGCCACUUGGGUUCCAAAUGUCUUGAGCGCCAACUUUUAAGGUCCACUGUAGAUGUAGACACUCAUUUUCACUGUUCCUUUUUAUGAACAACCCAUUUACCAUAUAUGACCAUUACAUCCUCUUUCAUGCUAGCACAUACAGUACAUACCCACUGUCCCCAGAUGUGAUGGCACAGCACACUGGGAUCAGGCAUACUGAUUUGACUGCCCUGCUAAUGUGUCACAGCCCUUAGGACUCAGUUUGUCAUUGAAUGUCUGACUGUGACAAGCCACCCAGACCAAAACAUGAUCAGCUGACCUAAAGCAAAGACUGUCUCCUCUAGAGAGAGAUUUACAGUGUCUAACUAGUUUAUGACACACCAUACUGUCUGUACUGUGACUUUAUUCUAUUACUCACUGAUUGUCACCUUUAGAGUAUACCUACUCUGCAGAACAAAUCUGAGACUUGGUCUUCUUUCAUUGAUGCCUUUUCAUGCCCAAACUGGCUAGCAUUUCCAUGUAUCAUUUAGGAUACAUUUUGCACUUGAACAAAUAUGGUUAAAAAAUAAAAUCUUAGUGGAUUCUGAGCCAUGUCAAUGCAGUAAGUGCACAUGUUCCUGAUAGGUUUGUAUCUUGCUUGCAAAAUGUCCCCUAAUCCCAUUUUCUGUCUCUCUCCGACAUAUAUUGGUCCAAUUAAAGUGGCAAAAAGCCGAUCCUCAGAAAGCUCAGAGAACAAUACACGUGUUGUUAGACACCAUAUUUUGUGUGCCGUAUUAUGAGAUCAUAUUAUUUCAAGAACAUUAUCCCUUCCAGACUGCAAUUAUGCUCCAGGGACACAAAAAUAUGACCAUGCUUUAUUUCUACUCAAAAUGCAGUUAUAAGUGAAAUGCAUUUUCAUAAUUUUAUUUGCACAUGCUGCCAUGCUGUCUUUCAAAGCAUGACACUCCUAGUUUGUUUUAGCAGCAUCUAAUCUAAUAUUUCCUUGUGAUUUGGGUGGGACUAAAUGAAAAACCUAAAGUAAAAAGUGAUGUCCAUUGGACUGGAUGCAGGGUCUGAAAGAGUUAUCUUGGGGGUCUGAUGUUCUUAUAGCAAUAUUCUCAAGAAAUUAAACAAAAAAUGUUGAUUGUGGUCUAUCCUGCCCAUAUGUUUAUGAGACCACAUUUAAAAGUGAUUUAUAAAUCAAGUAACCUUAUUAUUAUAUUUUUGUGGGAGUGAAAUUGUAAAACCGUGUCCUAACCAGGUGUGAUGCCAUAAAGCCACAAGCGAUAAACACCAUCUAUUUCAUGUAGCCUAUCCAACUACGAACAUGACAAGUACAAAGCAGCUAGACCUUUGGUCGGUUGCUUGGUUUCUAUUGCGCUCAUAUUUGUAUUCAACAUCAAAUAUGUUCAAAUUGGCUGUGAUUUUUUUGCCAUCGCUCAGUAUGGACAGACAAAUUGCAUGUUGCUUGAAACUUGCCACGUCGAGCAUGGUAAGGACACUAUGAUGGAGUGGAUUUCACUUGAAUCCUAAGUCGUCAUCAUAUCCACUUUUGGUACCCGACUCAAACUGACAGAUGCACUGAUGUGUUUGUCCCUGACAGUGACAUGUUCUCCCCAGCCUUUCCAAAAUCAAGUGAGCGCCGCAUCCACAGCUGUGCCAAUAGAGACAACAGUAAAAGCAUGAUUCUAUAGAUUGAGAAGAGUGCUUUAGACAGACAUGAAGUGGUUUGUCAGCAGUAUUUGUCUCUAAAUGGUAUAAAUGGACAUAUUUGCUUUGUUACAAUUUGUAAGGGCUAAACUACAGGAGUGUUCCAUAUAUCUUGGACCUUCCAAUGGAGACGAAUCUGUACUGCACUGUACCUGUGUGAGCUGAUGUUUUAGUCCUUUAUUUAUAUUAGUACUUUGUCUGGUGCACGCAGUGAAACAAAAAGGCCUUUUUUUUAAUUAGUCAGGUGGACCUGAACAUUAUUCGAGUUUUAACCAUCAUGCCUUUGGAAGAGCAAACAGAAAAGAAUCUGUGCUUUUAAAUGUUUUUGAUGUAUUUGUCACUAAUCUGCAUACACUGUGAUGUUCUCUUUUAAGUGUUGAAAAAAUUGUUUUACUACAAAAAAAACUUUAGCAUCAAAUGGAGACUUGUUAUUUAACAUUAAAAAAUAUCUAUGU